CAAGUCUCCAAGUCCCCAACCAGAGAGGCAGAGAGCUAGCAGCAGCAGCAGCAGCAAGCCAACAAGUUCCAUAACUCGUCGGGGCAACGCAAGACAAGGCAGCAUGUGCAACGUCAUCACGAUCCCGUCGGUCGCCUGGCUGCGCCGGGCCGUGCGCCGGUGGCGCGCCCGCCGCUCCGCCUCCGCGCCGGUGCCGGCGGGGCACGUGGCGGUCUGCGCGGAGGGCGCGCGGUUCAUGGUGCGGCUGGCGCACCUCAGCCACCCGGCCUUCCUGGAGCUGCUCCGGCAGGCGGAGGAGGAGUACGGCUUCCGGUCCGGCGCCUCCGGCCCCGUCGCGCUCCCCUGCGACGAGGCCCGCCUCCGCGACGUCCUCCGCCGCGUCUCUUCCUCGUGCGACUCAGAGGAGCCGCGCCGCCCCUUCUGCCGCCGCCGUGGCGACUCGCGGCCGCUGCUGCAGGCGGUGGCCGUGGAGAAGCUCUUCUUGUGAGCGAUCGACCUACCCCGCGCGCCCCGCGGCACCAAACGAUCGAGCAACGCAGCGCCCAAUUUCUGCGCGCCAAAGCAAAGUAACUGACUGAAGAAGGCGACGAUUUUUUGGAUUGUUUUCUCUGUGUAAUAACCAUUCUACUCGUCUGUGCAACUACUUGCCGAGGCAUACGAGUAAAUUAAUUAGUAAAUUGGUUGUUCUUCCUGUACAUGCAAUUUGACAAUUUAUGGUCGUUUGUGAUUCAUUCAUGUCUUCGUCGUGUUGAUGUAGUAG